UGCGUUUCUGUUAUGUGUGCCAUGGUCUCAACCCAGCAGUGUUGACAAUAGGGUGAAAAGAAACAGCCCCGAAUCAUAAACGAGCUAAGGAAAAUACCAAAAUAACAGGGGUUUGGGGGAAGACAAGCAAUUGAAUCAGCAACAGGAAUGUAAUUGCGUUAACCUAAUCGUUUUAUAUAGCACGUAUUUUGUUAUUAAUGGGAGUUUGAGGAUUAUUCCGUUGGAAGGAAAAAGGUACUCGUGGGUUUGGCUGUUUCAGGCCGAAUUUUUCCUGCUGUUCCGCCGCUGCUUGGGAAAGGCUGCACCGAGCUGGAGGUAGCCUAACAGUUAGCCCGAUAGAUUUCCAAACAUAGGAUAACUCCUCGCCGCCGUCUCCGUUGCGAACCGCAAAGGAUCAAGGUAAAGUACUACGAUUGGAGGGGUAACAGCCACUCGGUCGGCUGCAGCUUGUCGGGCUCGGGUCUGGACUCGGGACGGUGUGUGUUUCCCAACCCAGUCGGUCUGUCAGUCUUUGGGCGCUAGCUAACGGUAGCAGCAUUAGCACUGCCCCUGUAUUUACAUCUGGGAUGAUGGGUGAUCGCCCAAGCCCGCCCAGCAGGGCUAUGUCCUCGGCAGCCACCACAUCUCCAUCUGUGGACAAAGUGGACGGAUUUUCACGGAAGUCUGUCAGGAAGGCCAAGCAGAAGCGGUCGCAGAGUUCGUCCCAGUUCCGCUCUCAGGGCAAACCCAUAGAGCUCACGCCCUUGCCACUGCUCAAGGACGUGCCGGCGCCGGAGCAGCCGGAGCUGUUCCUGAAGAAGCUGCAGCAGUGCUGUACUGUCUUUGACUUCAUGGACACGCUGUCGGACCUCAAGAUGAAGGAGUACAAGCGCUCCACGCUCAACGAGCUGGUGGACUAUGUGACCGUCAGCAGGGGCUACCUGACAGAGCAGGCCUACCCCGAGGUCGUCAAAAUGGUGUCUCACAACAUAUUCCGGACCCUUCCGCCCAGUGACAGUAAUGAGUUUGACCCAGAGGAAGACGAGCCCACGCUCGAGGCCUCCUGGCCGCACUUACAGUUGGUAUACGAGUUCUUCAUCCGGUUCUUGGAGAGUCAGGAAUUCCAGCCCAGCAUUGCCAAAAAGUACAUAGACCAGAAGUUUGUCCUACAGCUCUUGGAGUUGUUUGACAGCGAGGAUCCUCGGGAGAGGGACUACCUGAAGACAGUCUUGCAUAGAAUCUAUGGCAAAUUCCUGGGGCUGAGGGCUUUUAUACGAAAACAGAUCAAUAAUAUUUUUCUACGUUUUGUUUAUGAGACGGAGCACUUCAACGGGGUGGCUGAGUUGCUGGAGAUCCUGGGGAGUAUAAUCAAUGGUUUCGCUCUGCCGCUGAAAGCGGAGCAUAAACAGUUUCUGGUCAAAGUGUUGAUCCCCCUCCACACUGUCAGGAGUCUGUCCCUCUUCCACGCACAGUUGGCGUAUUGCAUUGUACAGUUCCUAGAGAAAGACCCAACAUUAACAGAACCAGUCAUCAGAGGCUUACUGAAGUUCUGGCCAAAAACCUGCAGUCAAAAAGAGGUGAUGUUUCUAGGGGAGCUGGAGGAAAUCCUGGACGUCAUCGAACCAACGCAGUUCGUCAAGAUCCAGGAGCCGCUCUUCAAACAGAUCUCCAGAUGCGUCUCCAGCCCACAUUUCCAGGUUGCAGAGCGAGCUCUGUACUACUGGAACAACGAGUACAUCAUGAGUCUGAUCGAGGAGAACUCCAGCGUCAUCCUGCCCAUCAUGUUCGCCAGCCUCUACAGGAUCUCCAAAGAGCACUGGAACCCGGCGAUCGUGGCGCUGGUGUACAACGUACUGAAGGCCUUCAUGGAGAUGAACAGUACCUUAUUUGAUGAACUCACAGCCACUUACAAGUCGGACCGCCAGCGUGAGAAGAAGAAGGAGAAGGAGCGGGAGGAGCUCUGGAAGAAGCUGGAGGACUUGGAGCUGAAGCGGGGCCUUAGGAGCGACGGGAUCAUCCCAACUUAACGAAGACAGCGCCGCGCUCCCCUCUGCCCCUCCCGCCUCCUCUCCCCCUGUGACUCCCCCUCCCCUCCAUCCUUACCCCGACUCCCCCCUCCACAUCAGCCAUGUCUGUCCGGAUCUCUGAGAAAUCCCCGAUACAGGCCAUCGUCUCUGGAUCGACAUGGAGCGCCCGCUGGUUUCUUAAUUGUUUUUUUCUUAUGUUUUUUUUUUUUUCUCCUGUGUUUGUGCGACUUACUUUACAGUAGAUUCAUCACGUCUGUUUUCAUUAUUUCAACAGCACUGUAAAUAAUUCUUUUUUUCUUUUUUUUCUUUUUUUCCUUAAACUGAUAUUAUUGCAAACAGAAAAACAAAACAAUAAUAAUAAAAAAAGGAAGAAAAAAAUAGAAAAUGAGAAAAUGACUUGUGUGGGAGGGGGAUUUAAACAACAACAACAAAAAAAAACAAACCCAACUUUUGGACUGUAGGACAUGAAACGAACUCUUGGAAAACAAAAAAAACAAAACAAAAAGAGAAGAUAGAUUGAUUUUAACUCUUCAUCCCACUCUUCUUCAGUACGGUCCCGUAUGUAAUUUUUAUUUUCCUGGUUCUCCUCUUUGCUCUUCCUCUCGUUGCCUCCCUCUUUCUGUUCCCUCCUUCCUCUCUAAUGGUGCAUCUGUCAUUUCUCCCCCUGUGUGGGACGUCCGGGCUGAUUAUGGGUCUCCCCCCCCCCCCCGCCUCCCCUUCUCUCUGGCCCCACCCACCAGUCUACAGGUUCUCCUUCCCAUUUUAAACAGGGGGAAAAACUGAACAAACAUUUAAAAAUGACAACAGGGACUUUCUCAGUACACAAACCAUCUCCUCUUUGAGUGUGUUUACAUGCGUGUUCAUGGAAGGGUUAGUUAACUGUACAGGGGGUGAAACUUUUCUGCCAAAUUGUUUGCUUAAGUUAUUCAUUCUUGUGCUCAAUAUACUUAUUUAUUUCCUUCAAUUUAGCCCUCAAACUACAUAAUUAAUUUCCCUAUAAAUUCAUAUCUUGCAAUCUCAAAAUAGUGGAAAGAACGAUAUCUUUGCAUACCUGAGUGUGUGACAGGUGAAUCAAAAGAACAACAGAAGUUAAUAAAUAAACUCUCUCGCGUUAGCAUUUGUUAUUUGCGUUUUGCUACUACAGGUCCCAGAGUUCAGUUUAAAAUCACACGUUUUUGACCACAAACACACCUUGAGCAGCUACUCUGGCAGAACCUCUGUGACAGUGCAUUUCCUGCGGUUGCUUCACAAUAAAAGCCGACACGUGUUUCACCAGUUGAAGCUGAAGCGGCAGGAAAUGGUCGGUUUGUAUUAGCGGUCACGGCUCCGAUACAGCUGCACGAAGGCUGUCGGUGAAAAGGGAGGCUUCCAUCUGAAAUGACCAACUGUAAAACUGAAGUACGUGCAUUCAUCGUUUCCUGUGAACGGAAUCUGAAUCCCGAGUGGGAAUGGCGGACUCCGCCACUAACAAUGAAAACUACUAUAUAGAGAGGUAAUUACUGAAUGUAAAUACACUGAAUGAGUUUUGUAUAAAUGCUGACAACAAAUGCUAUUAAAAUUGGGGUUUGAAAUAAUGACAAGCAUUAGAGGUUUUUUCUUUUCUCUUUACUUUGGUGCCAUCUGGUGGUAAACGGCAGUCAAAAAAACUUAAACUAAAACGCAUCAGAAUAAUCUGAAAUUUACUGUGAUCAUAUAAAUAUUUUACAUAUAUUAACUUGAACCAAUAAAUUAAGCAACUGAUGAUGAAAUGACAAACUAAGGGAGGAAAAUAGGGAUAUUGAUUGCACAAUAAUUAAAUGUAAUGUUUUACCACAAAUUCUUUCCCCUGACACCCGACUCCCUCCUGAAUCACCUGACCUGAGAUACUUAUCGAACGUUGUGUCCUGUUUUGCUGUUGCUUGGAUGAGCUCAUAUCCCGGUUAUUUCAAAUCCUGUUUACCAUCAUUUAUUUUUACUUUUUUGUGACUUGCGUAACUUCCUGGUGAUGUGGCUCUCUUACCCACGCAGGAUCUGGUUUCAGUGACACACGUAAAACGAGAAUAUAAGCGCGUGAAUCCAGAACGCUCCGCAUGUAAACGCACUCAAUUCAUUUCCUUCUCCUCCAAAAAUGGACUACUUUUCAUCACUUGAUUACUUUUCUCCUUCCCUCCAUCUUCUUUUUUUAAAAUUGACCCCUCCCUCCCUCCUUACCUACCAUACCAGGUAUCCCUGGUAUCAGUCUGGCACUGGUACCCUCCGGCCAUAACGGGGACUUACAAAUAAAAACAAACAGAAAAAAAAAAGUCUUCAGAGGAGCGCCAAAAAUCUUCCUCCUGUUGUGAAAAGAUGAGCGCCCCGCCUCACCUCACCCCACUUCUCCCCCCUCCGCCCACCGGGGGGGCGCCGCGUUGACUUCACAGUAUUACAACAACAGUGACAAAAAAAGACAACCCUGUACAUUGUUAUUGAAUGCAGUACACUGAUAAUCUUGUAUCUUGUAGUAAUUUAGCCUAUGUUUUUUGCUUAGGACACUGUGGAGAGGAGUAUCCAGUAUAUAAAGAGGUAUUAUGGAACAAGA